AUGCUAAAGCAUACGGCCAUCUGCGGUUGCCGAUCGAAGCUGCUUUUCUUGAUUGGCAGCAAACAGUUUACGACGCGAGGCCCGAACAAAGGAUCAGAGAUGAAGCCUCCGCUCUACCCCAAGGCGCAGCGCCCUCGUUCUGAUUCCUCCCAGGAAGAAUACCACAAUAUAGUCUCAGUACCAGUGGCGGGGGUGGCCGUCGAUAAAAUCGUCGGAAACAGCGCGAUGUGA